AUGGAACUGCCGGCUGCGAAAUUCCCGGCGAUCCGUUGCCGAAACCCUCAAUAUAUGUCUCCGAUAGCUGGACACAAAUUGUGCCAAAUUGCAAAAUGCAAAUCCAGUUACAUAUGGACAAAUGUCCCGUCCCAACAGAGAAACAGUCACCGUAAAAUCUCUGUCUCUGCUAAUUUCCCCAAAGGAUUUGGUUCGGAAAUUCGAAAGAAGAAUGGCUGGAUUCACUUUAUCGGUGUGGGAGGCAGUGGACUUUCUGCUCUUGCGAUGCUUGCCCUCAAACAAGGAUACGAGGUUAGUGGUUCGGACAUUGUAUGGAGCAGCUACAUGGAUGCACUAAAAGAAGCUGGUGCUCAUUUAUAUAUUGGUCAUUCUGAAUUGAGUUUACGAAAGUAUAAUUUCUCCAGUUCUCCCGAUGCAAUUGUCUUUUCGAGUGCAAUUCGACCGGACAAUGUGGAGAUUCUAUAUGCCAAGUCUGUUGGAAUACCAGUGUAUAAACGAGGUAAAUGGUUGGGAAUGCUAACAGAGGACUACAAUCUGACUGCUGUCAGUGGAAGCCAUGGGAAAAGUACUACGGCGAGUAUGCUUGCUUAUGUCUUAAAGUCAAUGGGAGAUGAUCUUACUGCUGUAGUUGGGGCACAAGUGCCACAGUUUGGUGAAGGUAAUGUCAUCCAUGGGAACGGUUACAAUUUUGUACUGGAGGCCGAUGAAUAUGAUGCUUGCUUCCUUGAAUUAUCACCUCAUGUAGCAGUUGUAACAAAUGUGGAUUGGGAGCAUGUUGAUAUAUUUCAAGACGAGGAGGCUGUUGAAACAGGGUUCAGGAAGUUCCUUGGGAAAAUAAGAAAUGGUGGACAUCUUGUGUUAUGUGGGGAUAGGAAUGAACAAAAUCAUGGUGCAUAUACUUUGCUCUAUGACCCGAAACAAUCCAGCAUUUCAGAUCAUAUGGAGCUCCAUGAUGCACAACUGCUCAGCAACAAUUAUAGAGUUACAACUUAUGGGAUGUCAAAUUAUAAUGAAUGGCAUGCAUCAUCAGUUUGUUUUAACUCACAUGGUGGUAGUGAUUAUAAACUGUAUCACAAGGGGCAUUAUGUUGCAGAGAUCAGCUUACGAAUACCUGGAGUUCACAAUGUUCUUAACUCAUUAGCUGUUGUUGCGACAAUGAGUUCGAUUUUUGGUGAUGAAAGACAAUUUUAUGAAUCAAUAGACGAUGUGAAGUUUCAUCUAAAUAAAUUCAAAGGUGUUUGUAGACGUUUUGAGAUGAUAGGUGCGAUUCACGGGUGCCAUAUUUUUGACGACUAUGCUCACCACCCCACUGAAGUGCGUGCAGUUAUUCAAACAGCAAGGCAAAUGUUUCCAUCUGAGGAACUUCUGGUGGUGUUUCAACCUCACACUUACAGUCGCUUGGCAGCCUUGAAGAGCGAAUUUGCCUCUGCAUUAAUUCAUGCAAAUCAAGUUUUUAUCACUGAGAUUUAUGCUGCCAGAGAGACAAACUUUUGUAAUAUUAGCGGAAGGGAUCUUGCUAUGUCUAUAAUCGGUCCACCAUGCGAAUUUAUCCCAUGCCUGGACGACGUGGUGGAUAAGUUGGCACAGAGGGUUUCAAUAGAUCCUCGUCUUCCGCUGGUCAUCUUGACACUUGGAGCAGGUGAUAUAACUAAUGUGGGACGGAAACUGAUGCAAAAUUAUCUCCAUUUGAAUAUGAUGACCAAUGACAAGUUAAUGCGAUUGAUGAUGGGCAAAGAAAGGUUUGGUCCUAAGGUGGUUACCCAGAUAAAUGACGUGGAUACCUGCACUGUGAUGCAAGCCAAGUUGGGUUUGCCAAAAGGAACCAUUUCCCUCAAAUUGGAUGCAAGACACCAACCAAUGGAAGAGGAAAAAGAGAAGAACCAGAAAGCCUGA